GGCGCUGCCCGCGCGCAUCGUAAAAGCAAAUUGCAUAAAGCACAGCACAACACUCAAAACAAAUGCACUUUGCAGUAUGUUUUGAUUUCCAUUGUGUUGAAAUCAAUCGCGCGUGUCGUCGACGUCGCGUCAGCGUCGCCAUCUGAUUCAUGCACACCACACAACACACACACGCAAAAUCUACAAAUCGAAACGAAUCAACUGCGCUGCGCGGUUUGGACAACAACAACACAAUAACAACGACGGCGACGAGCCAACCACGAAAAACGAAUUUGUAUUUGUAUUUUUUGUUUUAUCAAAAACGUCAUUUGGGUCUGAACGGUCGCAUUUCGUAGUUGCGGCACGACGGGGUAACAACAACGCUAGCGGAGGCGUUUUGUUUAUUUUUGCGGUGUCGUUGUUGUUGCUGCUGUUAUUCAGUUAUAGAUGCAAGCAUAAUUGUUAUGCUUCAGUGAAAACGCAAAAGAAGCCUUAACAAAACAAAUAAGAAAUACAUAAAAAAAAGAGAUUUGCCAAUAGCAACAGCAGUCGAAACUUGUUGCUCACAGCUGAGACGGCAACGGAGGCUGAGCCGUUGACGUCGACGUUGACGCCUGCAACGCGCAAAAUUGUGAAAUUGAAAUUGCAAAAAGCAAUAACAAAUCAAAUCCAAUCAACAAACAGACGACACAUAUACAAUAUAUCGCAGUCAAACUGGAGAAGUGGAAGAGAACACGCAAUUCCACAAAAAAGAUGGAUCAACGGCAGCGCAGUCCAUCAGCCAAUGCAUCGGCAGCGACUGCAGGCGGCGCAGCUGCAGCGUCAACGGGGACGUCGACAGCAGCAGCGGGAGCAGCAGCAAAUGCCGAUAAACCAACAGUUCUCGAAGGCGCAUUGCACAACAUAUUCGAUAGUCUGCAGGACAAGGACGAGCAAGUGCGUCAGGCGAUGCAGCUGGCGAUCGUAAAGAUACUGGAGACGCAUCCAGAGCGUGCCACAAAAAUUCUGACUGAAUAUCGCGCCCAGAACGCGAAGCUAAACGAACAAACUGUUGCUAUGCUCUUGGACUGCAUUCAUCGCGUGGUCCGCGGAGAGACAUCGCUGCCAACGGCGGCGAACGAGAAACUGAUACUGCUCGCCCUCGAGGAGCUGACACGUAGCGUGGAUCAGCAUGUGCCGCUGAUACAGAAUCCGGCGUUGCACAUACUCGUUGCCAUUGGACGCGGCAAGGAUUGCACGCUCGUCGUGGAGAUGCUGCAGGCGCACAGCGGUCCAGCGGGCAGCGUGCCACACUUUAUGCUGAUGCAAUGCCUCGGCCAGCUGGCGUUGGCGAACACAGCGGGUUUGGUGCCGCACAUCAAGACGAUCCUGGCUCGCUGUCUGCCCCACUUGGGUGGCAUCAAGCAGGAUCAUGUGAAGCUCGCGUAUGCGUAUGCGAUUGGACGUUUCAGCGAAGCGCUGCUAGAGCAUGGCACAAAUACGCCCAAGGGCGAGGCAAAGGCGGCGGCAAAUUGUGCCACCGAGAUCAGUGUGGCCUACGAUGUGCUCUUCAACCAAUGGCUGCACUCGCGCGAGAUCAAAGUGUGCAUGGAGAUCCUUCAAGCUCUGUCCAGCAUGUAUCCGCUCCUGCCUACCGAUCGCAUAUUGGAUCAGGCGCCGCGUCUGGUUCCGCAAAUAUUGGCGCUGUAUCGUCGCAGUGUGGAUCGUAAUGCGGUCACACAGUUUCUAUGCUCGGUGCUCAAAACGAAUCUCCAGCUGCACGCUCAAGUGCUGGAUGGCGUCAUCGAUGCGCUGAUCACGCAUCUCUUCGACCUCGUCUGCGUCUAUCCGGACUACGAGAAACCCCAAACUGUGAAGGGACACUACGAGGUGUUGCGUUGCUUUCAUCUGCUCGCCGGGAAUUAUGCUGGCAAAAUAAUGGACACACUGCUCAUCCAUCUGCGCAACAACAGCGAAAGGGAACGCAUCAAAUCGCUGUUGAUACUGACGCAUCUGCUCAACGCGUGCGUCGUGCAAAUCGAGUCCCGGGUGCAGUCGCUCAUCGAGUGUCUGAAGCAAUUGAUACUCGCCGAGCGAAGCGUUAAAAUGAAGCUCACGCUCCUUAAGACAAUUGUGGCCCUGGCUCAAAAGUCGCUGAUACGCGACAAGGAGUUCGUGUGGUUUGUGGUGCGACACAGCUGCAAGUACAGCAAGAUCAGCCAGGAGCAUGGGACACUGGAGGAGCAUGCGACGCUGGUGGUUAGCUGCGAGAAUACGUUGUUUAUGCUCGCCUCGACGGUGGGCACAUUGGAUGAUCUGCUCAAGCGUGAGCUACUCAACUAUUUUCUGCUGCUCGACUACACGGAUAUCUGUGGGAAUUUGGCCAAGUGCCUGGCCAGUCUCUUUGCCAAAUCGCCGCACAUUGAAUACGACAUUGCCAGCGACGAUGAGCAACCGAAUGCAGCAUUGCAAUCCUCGCCAGCUGCCGGUGACGCUGCUGGCAGCGUUGAGGAGCGACCUGGCGGGGGAUCGAUGGUGAAGCGUGGCAAGGUGAUUGUGCCGAGUGCGGAGAGCAUCUAUGCCCGGUGCUUGGCGCUGCUCGGAAAUCAGCAGUGCAUCAAGCGUGCCUCGAACAUACUCAGCUUCCUCAAGUACUAUCAUCCGCAGCUGAAUCCCGCCCUCGAGGAGCUGUGGGAGCGUCGCAUCUCCGACAUGCUGCUGCACAUCAAUCAGCCGGCUAAUUAUCUGCAGCAGUUGCAUGAUUUUGUGCUCGAAACAAAUGAAUUUCUCAACACACGCGACGAGCAAUUCGCUCAACGUUUGGCCAGCAAACUGGCCGAUCAAAUGUAUUUGUAUCCCAUGCAGAUGCCCCACAUUGAGUGGCAGCUGCCCGAGCUGAGCUCCGAGCGUGGAAUGCUCCUCCAGGCGGUUGCCCUGACGCUCUGCCAGGUAACGGAUGUCGCUUGCAUCCAUACGAAGAUCGAUCUCAUUGUGACGACGGCGCGUCAGGAGCGUCUCGACAAGCAUGUGAAGCAUGCCGAGUACGAGCGUCGCAUUGAACCCUGCGCCCGGGCCUUGGGCUACAUUGCGCGCCAGCAUUUGGCGCAUGUCAUCAAGAAAUUGUCGGAGCUGGCGCAGAUGGGUGGACGCAAGCAUUCGACGGGUUUCUUUAGCAAUCUGCACUUCAUCAAGGACACGCACAAGGAGCUGGAGAACUACAAGAGCAAUCUGCUCGUUGUGAAGGCCUUUGGCCGCAUCAUGGACGAGGCGGAUCCGUUGCAAUCGCUGCAGCAUCUGGACGAUGCCAUGCUCAACUUUCUGAUGAUCCAGUUGGCGGGGCACAAGGAUCAAACGAUUAUGUCGGCCAUUCUGCAAACGCUGCUUAGCAUCUGCAAUCAGCUAAUUGUGACCAAAGAACAAUUGCCCGCUCCGCUCAAGCAUCGGAAACAGAUCAUGGACACUGUGUUCAGCAUACCCAUCGAGUCGCCGUUCCACGAUUUGCCGCUGCUGCCAACGAUCCUGAAACUCGGCACCGAUUUCAUACGCAUUGGCGGCAGCGACAGUUUGGAGGGCGUCGACGGCAGCGUCAUCUUCGAAAUCGCCUGCAAAAACUUCUUUGGCUGCGCAAAGCAACUCAAGAUGAAAUUCGAAUCGCAGGAGGAGGACGAGCACAACAGUUUCCUCGCCAAGCAUCUGAACGAAUCGCUGCCACAGCUGAACGCGCUCGUUCGUGUCAUUGUCGAAUUGGAUCCAUCACCAUCGACCCUCGAUCUUAUCAUUGGCAUCCUCGAGUGCUGGAUGCGCGACAAGAACUCUGAGGUGCGGAUCUGUGCCAGCCAUGUGCUUAACAAUACGCUCGAAGUGUACAUUAAAUCUAUGAGAAUUGGCGGCUUGGAAGCGCCCUCAAAGUUCAAUCAAACCGGACAAAUGCUGGGCAAAAUUGUGCCACGUUGCAUCGACUCGAAUGGCACUGUGCGUCAAGUGUCGGUGGACAUAUUGCAAAAGACAUUGGAGAUCGCCUGCAUCUAUGAGACACUGACGAUUGCUAGCAUCGACAGCAGUGCCGAAUGGCUGAAGGAGAUCGAAUCGAUUAAGGAGCACAUCAUCACCGAUGAGCCCAAGCAAAUCUACAAUCUGGCUGGCGACAUCGCCAAGAUCAUAGCGCAACGCAUCUCUAGUUUUCAGUAUUUGCAGUUCUGUAAAACGCUGUUGCAAUCGCUGCGCGAUCCAGAGCAAAGCUCCACAAUUGGUGCGAGCGUUGUGCUCAAGUUCUUUAUACAGCAAAAGGGAUCGGAGCUGUUCCACGCCAUUCCGGACCUGGUCAAGGGCAGCCUCGUCGCACUGCAGCUCUGCGAUGCACCGCGUGCCAAAUCGGGUGUACUUAAGGCGCUCGUUGCCCUGACCAAACACCAUCCGAAGCUGGUGUGCGCCGAAAUGUUGCAACAACCGCUGCCCUACGACGAGCAUCUGGUCGAGUACUGGCAUCUGGUGUGCAAUGAUCCCGACUUGACGGGCCUCAUGCUUGACAAUUUCCUCCAGCUGCUGAGUGGCGCUAGUCUGGCCGAGCCGGCCGAAAGUCAGCAAACGGAUCGGCAGAGAUUGGCGAGUGUGCCGCCGUUUGCCAUCUUUUGUGCGCUGCACGAGAUGCUGCCCUGCAAGGACAUACACGAUCAAUUGGAAACGCGCUUUGCGGAGAUGUUUUGCAUGCUGCUGACCUCGCUCUCCAGCUACACAAAUUUGGGACCGCCGAUGCCCGUCGGUGCUCCUAUAAGUCCCAGCCAGCCAGGGAAGGCGGCGAGCAAGUUUGGAUUUGUGCCGAACAAAGAGCUGGUCAAGCUGAAUCCCUGCCAAAUCGCGCUGGAAACCUUUCAGGCGUUCCUCAACAAUCUGGAAAUGGAGCAGAUCGCCACAGUGCUGACGGUGAACACAUCGCUGGCCAGCAGCACCGAUUGGCAUAGCUACAUCGAACUGCUCACCCCGAUGGCCAUUGGACUAACGCAUCAACUGCAGCUGAACAGUCCGGCGAUGCGGCAGCUGAUCAACGUGUUGAGCAAAUACGUUGCCUCGCCCCACGACGGGCAACGUGUGGCAGCCGUGGGUCUCUACUCGCGGCUGGUGCCGCUGAAGCCGUGCGGCGAUCUGGCCGCCACGAUUAUGCUGCACUUGGGCGCAGCGCUGAGCGAUCCAAAUGCCGUGGUGCGUGGCCUGAGUCUGCAGGGCAUGGGCUAUGUGGGACAGUUGGGGGAACUGGAGGCGCCACGCUACUCGGAGAUGGCCAUUCAGGCGCUCCUCAAGGGCGUCGACGAUACGGUGGGCGAUUGCUUGAUCAAUAUACCGCUUGAGAGCAUGCGCGGCUUGUCGCGCAUUCUUCAAGCGUUGCCCAGCGAUCGAGUCGAACCGUUCCACGUGUCGCUGGCCAUACGCAUUCGGCCGUUCUUUGGCAGCUACUCGAUGGAGAUGCGCGAGGCGGCGAUCAUCUUGUUUGGCGAUCUGUGCGAGUCGAAACAUGACGAUGGCAACAGUUCGCCCACCUCAUCGAUGGAGGCGCUGCGUGAACAGCUCUUGGCCAAUCUGUUUCCCCUCCUCUUGCACCUCAGCGAGAGCGAACCGAGCAUCGCAACCGCCUGCAAGGGAACCUUGAGGCGUGUCUGUCGCCUGCUCCGCGCUGUGCGCGUCAACGAGAUGGCCGAGCAGCAGCUCAGCGUGGACACCGAGCAGCUGCAGUACAACAGCUUCGUGGUCGAGUUUGUCAAAGUGAUUUGCUUGGAGCUGACGGAGCACACGCAGGACUUUAUCGACUCGUGCCUGCCUAAGCUGCGCAGCCAAUGGCCCGAGGUGCGUGGCAGUGCAGCCAUCGUCAUCGGCAUCUUGCACAAUUUCCUAAAUGAGCGUAAUGCACAGACCGAGUCGGUGGCCAGCAAGAUUGCCGUGUUGCUGAAGGAUGAGCAGGCCACGGUGCGUAUGCGUGCUGCCCAAGCAUUGGGCUACUUCUUUGGAGACGUUUAAAAGGCGGCAACAGCAAAAGAAGAGUGAAAGGGGGGACCAAAAAACAAGAGAGAGAAAGAGAGAGAGUCAUCUAUUAUUAUUACAUCAAAUAUUAUAUUUAGUAUUUUUCCUAAUGUGAUCCUGCCUACGCUGCUGGGCAUUCGUGUGGGGGCGUAGCCUGUUCGUAACUGUAUCCUUAUUAUGUUGUAUAAUAACCGUGAAAAUAUUUCAACUCUGUUACUCGUAUAUUAACUACAUAUACACAUAUAUAUAUAUAUAUUUAAUUAUUGCAUUUAUGCAAAUCGUUAUACAAUAUAUGUUCACAUGCAUAUUAUAUUUAUUAUAUAUAGUGUCGUUGCUGCCCCAGCUUAAUUGUACAAUAAUCACUGUUGAUCAUCGUAUCAAACGUCAAUUAUGUCGGCGAUUUGUUAUUUCCUCCCCUCAAUUCCAAUAAUUAUUGUAAUUUGUGUACCUUUAUUAACACGCUUAUAUGCAAGAAAACCAAAAAAAAAAUAAAUAUUAAAAUCAA